AUGUACCCGAGCCUGGCGCUGGCCGCGAGCCCCGGCGCGGGCCCCUACGCCGACCCGGGCGCCUUCCUGCCGGGCCCGGGCGCCGGCGCCCCGAUGUUCGCGCCGCCCGCGCUGCCCUACCUGCCGGCCCGCGAGCCGGGCCCGCGGCCCCCCGCGCUCCCCGCGCACGCGGCCUGGGCCCCCGCGGACGCCGCCUUCGGGCCGGGCAGCGCGCCGCCGCCCGGGACGCCCGCGUUCCCCCUUCGCGCCCGGCCCCGGCGCGGCGCCCGGGACGCCGCCGCCUUCCAGGGGCCGCUGCUGCCCCGGGAGCCGUACCCGGCCGCGCUCGGGCGGCCGCGGGCGCCUCGUACCCCGCCACCCCACCCGGCCUACGCCAGCCCCGACGGGGCUCCGUCCUGGGCCGCCGGAGCCUUCGAUGGCGGCGUGCUCCACGGCCUGCAGGGCCCCCCGGCCGCCCUCCCGGGCCGCAGGGCCGCCUUCGUGUCCGACCUUCUGGAGGAGUUUCCCGGCGAGGGCCGCGAGUGUGUCAACUGCGGGGCUCUGUCCACGCCCCUGUGGCGCCGGGACGGCACGGGCCACUACCUGUGCAACGCCUGCGGCCUCUACCACAAGAUGAACGGCGUCAACAGGCCGCUGGUGCGGCCCCAGAAGCGGCUGUCCUCGAGCCGCCGAAGCGGCCUCUGCUGCUCCAACUGCCGCACGGCCACCACCACGCUCUGGCGGCGCAACGCAGAGGGCGAGCCGGUGUGCAACGCCUGCGGCCUCUACACCAAGCUGCACGGGGUGCCACGGCCACUGGCGAUGAAAAAGGAAAGUAUUCAGACACGGAAACGGAAGCCCAAGAACACGGCCAAGCUCAAGGGCCACUCGGGUGCGGAGCGGGCAGGGCCCGGCCCCGGGGGCUUGGCCGGCUGGGGAGAGCACUGCAGAGCGGCCUCCAGCUCACCCCCCCGCCCGCCAAGCCCCUCUGACCCUCUUCACCCCACCCGGGUUGGCCAGCCGCCUGACCCUCGGGGGCCGCCCCAGCACUGCAGACCUGCGGUCCCCGCUGUGCUCUGCAGCCGCUGA